AUGAUCGUUAUUGGUACGAUAGCGCGAAUGAAGUUUUUGACCGUUAAAAAUAGGCUUGUACUUGCGAAUGGGAAAUUUGGUGGAAACGACGGAAUUAAAAAUGCGAAUAUAUUUUCCUCUAGCAUUCCUGAGAUGACGAGGAUCGUCCCUUCAGAAUGGAUCAACGAAAGGGUGCCUGACUUAUGGAGACACGCUAUCACAAUUCCUCUCCACAAGAAGUUAUCCGCCACUGAACCAUCGAGAAUGUCACUGCUGCGUGUUAUGUACAAGUUUUUGGAGCGGAUUGUCCUGCAUCGACUGACAAAACGCCGCGAAGAAACAAUUCGCGACGAACAAGCUGGGUUUUCUGCAGAUUCCGUAAAUUCCUGA